AUGGUUGCGCCUUCACUCACGCUGGGCGGGCUGGGUCAGACAGUGUUUGGCCUUGGCUUUGUCGACGCCGUCCUCGUUAUCUUCUUCUUCAAUCUGCUCGCCGUGUUGACCGUGUGCUUCUUUUCCAUCUUCGGGGUGGCGUUCGGCCUGCGCCAGAUGGUGCUUUCACGGUUCUGGUUCGGCUGGUGGGGGGUUAAGGGCAUCGCUAUUCUGAACGUUAUGUCCUGCCUGGGCUGGUCCAUGGUCAACGUCAUUGUCGGGGCGCAAUUGCUGUAUGCUGUCAACCACAACAUACCCGGGUAUGCGGGCAUCCUCAUCCUUGCGUUUCUUACGCUCCUCAUCACCUUUUUCGGAUACCGUGUCAUCCAUAUGUACGAGAAAGUGAGCCUGUAUCCGCCACUGGGUGUUUUUAUAACAAUAAUGGGGGUAUUGAUCAAGUCAAACGACUUUGUCAACGUGCCCAUGGGCCGGGGAUGGGCCGAGCUAGGCUCCGUCUUGUCCUUCGGAUCGACCGUCUUCGGGUUUGGCACUGGCUAUACCAGCGUCGCCGCCGACUACACCGUCUACCAGCCGAGCGACCGCUCUCGAUGGCGCAUCUUUCUGGCGACUUGGCUUGGGAUCCUCCCGACCCUGCUCUUUACCGAAAUGCUGGGUGCUGCGUUGGUAACGACCACCUACCCGAAUGACGGGAAUAAUAUCUACAAGCAGGGCUAUGACGAAGCCAAUACCGGAGGCUUGGUGGCUGCUCUCCUCUUUCCGUACGCUAAGGGCUGGGGCAAAGUUUGCGUCGUGCUGCUGGCGCUGUCCAUCGUUGCCACCAACUGUCCCAACAUCUACUCAGUCUCCUUGACCAUGAAAGUCAUAGGCGCAUGGACAGAUCGCGUCCCACGAUUCGCCUGGACCAUCAUCGCCACCGUCAUUUACGUGGGCGUUUCCAUCCCCGCAUACUUCUUCUUUGAAAGCUUCCUGCGCAAUUUCAUGACCGGCAUCGGCUACUGGCUGGCCAUCUACGAGGGCAUCGCCUUGACGGACCAUUUCGUCUUCCAGCGUGGCAUGAUCGGAUAUCAGCCCCAGAACUACAACCUGCGCGAGCAAUUGCCCGUGGGAAUUGCAGCGGUCCUAGCCUUUUUCUGUGGCGCUGCCGGAGUGGCGCUGGGCAUGAGCCAAACAUGGUGGGUUGGUCCUAUUGCUCGACAUGCAGGUGUUCCUCCCCGCGGAGGCGACGUCGGAUUUGAACUUGGUUUUUUGUUUGCGUCCCUGGGCUAUAUUGUCCUUCGGUAUUUGGAAUUAUACAUAUCACUGAUGGUGAGACUGGUGAGACUUUUCUCGGGCUAG